AUGGGCCACACCAAGGCAACCUCUCCUGUCCGCAGCAAGCAUUGCGGUCACAAGGAAGGGCGAAACAACACAUCGUAUGUUAUUGCCGAGCUCGGGGUUUGCAACUAUCUCAUCCGACGUGGGAGGGCCAAAAUGCAGAAGGAGUUCCGAGUGGAUGACCAGGAUCAAAACGGUUCGUGCAUCUGCGCGCCCUUCGAAUGA